AUGGAACCUUCUGCUACGGUUCCCGUCACGGGAAUGACGGGCAUUCUCAACACGGAUACACCACAGGGCAUUCUCAACACGGAUACACCACAGGGCAUUCUCAACACGGAUACACUACAGGGGAUUCUCAACAAAGAUACACUACAGGGCAUUCUCAACACGGAUACACUACAGGGCAUUCUCAACACGGAUACACUACAGGGCAUUCUCAACACGGAUACACUACAGGGCAUUCUCAGCACGGAUACACUACAGGGCAUUCUCAACACGGAUACACCACAGGGCAUUCUCAACACGGAUACACUACAGGGCAUUCUCAACACGGAUACACUACAGGGCAUUCUCAGCACGGAUACACUACAGGGCAUUCUCAACACGGAUACACUACAGGGCAUUCUCAACACGAAUACACUAGGUGAUUAUCUGACUUUCUCGACUGCUAAUUCUCUGGUUCAUAAGUUACUGCAAGUUCUCUGGUUCAUGACUUGCUGCUAA